AUGAAUGAUCAAACCAGAAUAGAUCUGUUUAUCGGUAAUGAAUGCGGGAGAGGGGGCUUGAUCUAUCUGGAGGAUGGCGACCCUGUUGGGCUCAAGAUCGAGGAAGAGUUUACCAUCAAGGCGAAGCAGGCCGGGUUGACCGAUGAAGAGGCCAGGUCGGCUUUCAACUCGAAUAUGAUGGCCACGGGGCUUCUGUCCGAGUCGCCGGUCGAGUUUGCCAGGCAGCACGGCCGUCGCUGGCUGGUGUCUGCCUACGAGGCGGGUGAUGUUGUCCUGCACAAACCUCAUACGAUUCAUGCAUCGACCAUCAACAAUGACCCGGAUAAUGUCAUCCGUCUGGCGACUGAUCUGCGAUUCUCCGAUUCUUCCAAGCCGUAUGAUAAGCAAUAUAAAUACCGCAUUAUGGCAAGCCAGAUUGGCAAUCUCGUCGCCGCCUUCGAUCUCGCAGGAUGUCUCGACGUUCAGCUGGUUGACAUGAAGGGGUAUGCUCUUUACCAGUUGGCAGAGAAGGCCGAGGAAAAGAAUGUUUAG